GAGGGAGCAACGUCGUGGGGAUAUAGUAUGGAAGUGAGCACCUGGGGCGAUGCCUUGAAGCCGAAGCAACGAAGCGGAGGAAUUGCUCGAUCGUGAGAGCGAGAGAGAGAAGUGGGGGUAGUAGUAAUAAAGCGCAUGCAGCGAGCCGGUGUUUCACCAACGACCCCGUCGAUCGCCACUUCCUGCGCCGGGGGUCCCUUCAUCCCCCUGGCAGAGACGAUGCGACGAUCUUCGCCGCAGGACCGGAAAGAAACGGCUGCGGAGGUAAAAGACUCUUGCACCCAGAAAUAGACAAACGGACAAGGCGUGAAGCGCCACGUUGAAACUCCUGCUUCUGCUGCUGCUGUGCUAGAUGCUUCGUCCAUGAGGGCGAUAGUUGGCGGAGACUCCGAUAGACUAUAGCAACGACGCAUGGUGGCGGGAGGAGAUCCGGUGCAUUGAUUGCACGCACUCAGAGAGAGAGAGAGAGAGAGAGAGAGAGAGAGAGACUGGUACUCGGAACUCGACGACGGCGGUACUGUGUGCAGGGAAGUGAAGGAAACCUCGGGUGUCGUGAGAGCUUCGAAUCCGGCGUGGAGAUCAGUGUUUUUUCUUUUUUCUUUUUUCUUUUUUGGUGAAUUUCUUUCACGACUUAGGACCGGAGUUUCUGGGUGUGGUGCAACGGUGGAGGGAAGGGAAGGGAAGGGGGAGUUCCAGAGUCAGAGAAGUCGUGAAUUGUCGUAGUUUGAGUUGUAGGAGUGCAUUUCCGGUUGGAUCUAGCAGUGCUUUUGAAGCAACCUGUUAAAGUUUGCUCCGAGGAACUCCUUGUUUCGCAGUGGCAACAACUGGGUCAGCGACGUUUUGUCUUUUCAUACUUAUUUGCGUGUGUGUGUGUGAGAGGGAGUAAGUGAGGGACGGGCGGUCUUGGUUUGGCUCGUCUGGUUUUUGUUUUUGUUGUCAUGGGGGGUACUUUAGUUUGGAAGUAGGGGUUGCAGGCACCAGAUUUUGCUGUUUGAGAAUCGUUAAGAGUGAGGAAUUCGCAAGACUGGAGUUGAAUGCGGAAUCAGUUCUUGACUUUACUGAUCCUUUUGAUUUUGGAGCGGGGAGGCGGCGUUCCUGCUGCUCUUGACGAAGUUUAUCUCACUCUAAAGCGAACCUGACCUGUUGAAGAGUGAAGGAGUUCUCGAAGAGGAAAUGAGGCGGCCUAUACAUUUUUAAUUGACAGCAGUCGACUGCUUGUGCUAUAAAUUAAAUAACCUUACAUCAUUUUGGGUGGUUCCAAGGGUAGAUUCAGUAAUCCCAUGCGGAAGCGGGCUGCAGUAAAUCGCGAAGGGGGUACAGGACGCAUGCGAUAGAUUGGAUACAGCAGUUUGGUUUGCUUGUAAAAAACGAACCGAAGUGUUCAACCAUUUCCACGAUGCUCGUUGCCGAGAUGGAUGGUUUGAAGACUUUGAGCUGUGUAGUUAAUGCAAUUCUCUAUCUUCCAUUUUCGGUUCGAGAAAUAAUGUUGAACCUCUGAGGUCGACAUUCCUUUAUAGAAAAAACAUAAGUACCGAGGGGAAUCACUGAGAUAUAUAUAGUGGAAUCUGAGGGCGACGUUACAGCAUUGGAAGGUGUCGACUUGGAUAGUUACAGACAUCUGCGAUUAGUGCAAGAUGCCGAUUUCAAGGUAGAUGAUGGCUAGUGGUUUGUGAAGCUGGUUAUAGUAAUGAAUUUUUUGGGAGCAAUCUUACGUCCUGGAUUGAAGAUUCCAGUGUUCAGAAUAUUUUUACGGUGCUAAAGUGGUGAACAGCUGUAGCGCCAAGAAUUUGAAGGAACUUGGACAUCUCCAUGAGAUAUUGCUCAAGCGAAAGGCUUCUUGUUCCUCACUGUUCGACCAACAUCUGAGGACUGCGCAUAGGUCUUCAGGCAACUCUUUUAAGGCUCAUGCGUUUUCCUUACUGCUGUUGAUUUCGAGGAAGUUGUGGAAACUACAAGGAGUGGGAUACCAUGCUGGUUUUUCCUUAGGUAAUAGGCGUUCUUUAACACUAGGUACUGAUAGGAUGGAAUUGUGGACUUCUAGGGAUAUCUAACCUAGCUGAAAAGAGCUAUGCGUACUAUUUAUUCCGAGGUGUUCUUUUCAGCAGAAGUUUGAACUUGUGCGUCGUGUUACGUCAAGUAAUUCGGCAUCACAACCAGGUGUGCACCUUGAUUUAGUGUUGCCAAGGGCUAGACCUGGGUCAUCUUUGUACCGCAGAAGACGAAAGGCUUUCUGUGUUAGUGACGUUUUGGAUCUGUCGAAAGGUAUCUUCUGGGCAGUAUGGCGACUCUAUCUAGUUGGUGGCAAGAGUGUUUGACCACGAUUGGCAGGUCUUUGGCCUAUGUUUUACUGUGCGUGGUUCUCAUCUUCAUCGGCCUUAUCAAAGGAAUAUUUGUGGGAAUUGCCGCAGCCAUCGUGAUAUUUGUGGGGCACUCAUCAGUAACUAUUUUCUUGUGGCCGGUUCAUGUUUACAUGACAUACAACACGAUUGUAAGGUCCAAAAAGCUUGGUUUGGUUUUGAAAGUCCUCUCUCUUUUCGUUCUGCCAGUUCCUUUAUUACUCUGGCCAGUGCUGGUGGCUGUUGGAAGUGUACUUGUCGGAUUAGGGUAUGGCUUCGGGACUCCUUUAGCUGCAACCUUUGAGGCCGUUGGAGAGCAUAGGGACUCCAAGUUUUAUCAUGCAUUUGCGGAUGGAACUUUGAGCACGUUGAUCGGUUCCUGCACUGUCGUCCGAGACUUCACAGACCUCUGCCUUCAUUCUUAUUGUGACUAUCUUGAUGAUUUUCGCACCAGUGAGCCGAAAGAUGGCAAGCCUUUGGAUAUCAAGUUGUUGGAACUACCAGCGUGUCUGGCUGUAGCAGUGUUGGGAUUGAUAGCAGACACUCCUCUGAUCACCUUAGUAGCGCUAGCCAAGAGUCCCUUCUUGCUGUUCAAGGGAUGGGGCCGACUGCUUCACGACGUAAUAGGACGUCAUGGUGCCUGCCUGGAAGCUGCAUGUGUCCCAUUUGCCGGGUUGGCUCUUCUGUUAUGGCCUGCCGUGGUGGUAGUAUCCGUUUUGUUGGCCAUCGUCUCGAGUCCCGUUUUGGGGCUCUUUGGGGCUGUGGUUGUCUAUCAGGAGGACUCGCUGCGAUGUGGUCUGGCUUACAUUGUAUCGAUAGUGGCUAUGUUUGACGAGUACACAAAUGAUGUGCUCAACUUGAGUGAAGGAUCUUGCUUACCAAGGCCUCGGUACCGGAAGGGGAUCCCAAAAUCUGAGGCAAUGCCUCCUGGCUCUUAUGUAUCACCUUUGUCACCUGACAAUGCUACCUUCCGCCCAACUGCAGUCCCACAAUUGACGGCAUCACGUUCCCUUCGGCAUCAAUUGCAAGAAGUCAAAAUCGUUCAGAUAUGGGACGAUAUGUUCAGAAAUAUCAACUUAAGGGGAAGGUAUCUUGUGGAAGCUGGAGUAUUGAAUACUGCAGAUCUUGAUGGAUGGCUCAGGGGUGGUAAGAGUCCAAAGUGGAAAGUCGUUGCAUGUGGACUUCCUGCCUACUGUACGCUUCAUACACUUCUCGAGUCUGCGAAGGCAAACUGCGCUGGAAUUCUUCUGAGUGAUGGCACAGAUUUGACAAUGGCUAACAGACCUCAAGAGCGUAUGCUUGACUGGUUCUUUGAACCAUUAUUGACUUUGAAAGAACAGCUACGACUUGCAAAUCUGACAGAGGUUGAAGAGCACUACUUGGAAAAGCUGGUGUUAAUGGUAGGAGACACGCAACGAAUGUUGGAUUGGGAUAAUGGGGGAGUCGAGCCUGUAAAUGACAUCAGGAGAGGCGAGCUGCAAGCACUAAGUCGUCGAUUGCAAGGGAUUGCUACAGCAAUUUCUAGACUACCAACAUAUCGUCGCCACUACAAGCGGUUUAUCAAGAAUUUGCUUCUGUAUGCUUUGGAUCGAUUCAAUACUGAUAUCUCCUCUAGUUCAUCAGACGAAUCUCUAAGGUUUGAUCGGACUCCUGAAAGUAGUGGUUCAGGUUCAUUGCAAAAUAUCGCAGUGGAAAACAAUAUUGUUUAAGAGCCAGCUGUAGAAACUUACUGUAGGAAACCUGUACAUGAAUUUUUUGGCAGCCACCUGUAUGCACAACGAUGGUAGGAAGAUAUUUGGCCCUGAUCCGUGAAAGGCUCCAUGGAGUCUGAGUUUAGUAAAUUGCACUCAACAUAUGCUUUUCCCUUAAACCAGCUUAGUGAACGAGGUCAACCUCUGAUUAGAGGUUGCAAAGUCUGCGUGAUAGUAAAUGCGCUCAUAACCUUGCAGAACAAUUUUGUGAGAUUUCAUUAUCACUUGAGCCAAUCCUUAUCUCAGUCCAUUCCUAUUGUAUUAUGAUAUUCUUAAUGGAUGUCUCCUUCUUA